AUGCUGCGACCUUGCAGCAGGAGGGCCAACGUGGACUUCUGUUCCUCUGGUUGGAAGGGAGGAGCGAUCAAGGGGAGAGGAGAAGGGAGGCAGAGGGUUGGUAGGGAGAGUGAAGAGGAGCGUGGGAUGAAGAACACAAAAUUGGAGGGUGAAUGGGAUGGGGAUGAGGGAGAGAAAGGGUGGAGGGGAGAACAAGAUGGGAUGGGAGGGGAUGGAGAGUGGGAAGAGGAGGAAGGAGUGGAGAGGGUAGAAUCAGGGACAUGGGGUGACGAGGAAAAUACAGGGGUUUCUGAUAUGGAUGACAUGGACGAUCGAAUUGGUUGUGCUGGCGUGGAUGAUGCAGAUGCUGACGAGGGUGGUGGUGACGAUGAUGUGGAUGGUGCAGACAUGGAGGACGAUGGGGAGAUGAUGCAGGAAGCGAUUCUGGGAAGGGUCAAGACUGCGACUGUCCUGUCCCUGUAG